AUGACGACGAAGACGAAGACAGACCCCUCGCUUCUCGAAUAUCUGCUAACACGACCUCCCGAUCUGUCGCUGGGAAGAGAAAUGGAAAGCAGGUCAACAGCGAAUUUUUCAAUCCACCCUUACACGUCUACCUCGAAGCCACCUAUACGGACAGAGAAGCCGUCUGUCAUAGAGCUGCGCAAGGGUGUGAUACAGAUCACGCCGGUAGAAAACGACAUGUUGCCUCGGUCCCUUGUUAUUUUGACCGGCCUGAAAACCCUGUUUCAAAAGCAAUUACCAAAAAUGCCUCGAGAAUAUAUUGCUCGACUCGUCUACGAUGCAAAUUCCAAGGCCUUGGCCAUCAUAAAGCGUGGGUUUAAGGUCGUCGGUGGAAUUUGCUAUCGACCGUUUCCCCAUCGCGGCUUUGCGGAAAUCGUGUUCUUUGCCACCAAUUCCGCAGACCAAGAAAAGGGUUAUGGUGGGAUGCUGAUGGACCACUACAAAGCCCACAUCCGCCGAACAUAUCCAGAUAUGAUGCAUUUUCUCACUUACGCAGAUAAUUUCGCUGUUGGCUACUUUGAAAAACAAGGAUUCUCCAAAGAAAUCACCCUCGACCGUUCAGUAUGGGCUGGAUACAUUAAAGAUUACGAGGGCGGAACAAUUAUGCAAUGUACAAUGCUGCGUAAACUUGACUACUUGGACAAACCGAGGAUUUUCUCCCAGCAGCAAGAGGCCAUUAUGACGAAGAUCAGGCAGAUGUCGCGGUCACAUGUCGUGCAUCCUGGCCUCCCACAAUUUCAACCUGGGGCUCCUGCAGACGUCGUCGUUGACCCGAAAGAUGUUCCUGGCCUCAAGGAAACAGGCUGGUCACCAACAAUGACGAUCAAUUUUGUCUGCGUGGCUCCUAAGAGCGCGGAUUAUCAAGUCAUGGAGCGUGUAUUGAAGAGCCUACAAAAUCAUUCGUCAGCAUGGCCUUUCACGAAACCCGUACGGAUAGAGGAAGUCCCCGAUUAUUUCGACGUUGUCAAGCGUCCUAUGGACCUAAGCACUAUGGAGCAUAAGCUCACAACGCACCAGUACAGAACCCUGGAGGCGUUUGCCGAGGAUGCUCGGUUGGUUUUCGACAACUGCCGGCUCUAUAAUCCUGAACAUACAAUAUAUGCCAAACAUGCGGAUAAGCUGGAGAAAGCAUUUAGAGAAUUGAUGCCUGACUGGUGA